UCCGCGGGGGUGCUGGCAUCCGGCUACCGCGGGAUACUGAGGUUAAUCGUCCCGGAUGGUGACGGGACCGCGAAAUUUCUGUUCGGAAAGAAUAAAAGAGAGAACCAAAUGACAGGGGUAAAAUAAGGAACAGGAGGCGGAGAACCACAGGCGUCCUCUCACCACCCCUUCUCUUUCCCCAGAUCCAAAACCCUAAUUCCCCGAUCGCCAUUACCGAUAUCGCUAGCUUCGACAAGAGUGACCUUCGCCCCCAAAUCAAGGGUUUCCGAUUCCUCUUAUAGGCCUUCAAUUCGUCGAAUUUCUCGAAUUCGACCUCCGAUGGCGGGCUCCGGGGGCUCUUCCUCGUCGUCUUCGUCGUCCGCCCGCGCCCUCAGCGUCGAUCGCUUCUACAACCCGCCUGCUGUUCGGCGGCAGCUCGAGCAGCAGAAGCUUCUGCAGCAACAGCAGCAGCAGCAGAGGCAGCGGCAAUCGCCACCACCCAGGGCGGCGAAGCCGAAGGCACGGCCGUCCCCGGUGGCCUCGCCGCCGCCGAUCGAGGUGGCAGAGAACCGGGCCGAAUCGGACGAUUCCUCUUCGAAGCCCUCGGUCUCUUCCUCUUCCUCUUCUCCUCCUCCCCGGCCGCUGCCGGCUGCUGGGAACCUCGACCGGUUUCUUGAGUCCACCACCCCCGUCGUCCCCGCUCAGUACUUCCCUAAGACGAGCUUGAGGGGGUGUAAGGACUGCGAGGAAUCGAAGCCAUAUUUUUGCCUAGGAGAUCUUUGGGAGUCGUUCAAGGAGUGGAGUGCUUAUGGUGCUGGAGUGCCGCUAGUGUUAAAUGGCAGCGACCGUGUUGUUCAGUACUAUGUGCCAUACCUCUCUGCCAUCCAGCUAUAUGCCGACCCGUCGAGACCGUCCUUGAGAUUGAGAUACAGGUGGUGUGCAUAUGGAGGUUACUAACUCUUGUAGUAUUAGGAAUGUCAGCAGCUCCGCAGAUAGGUCUACAAAACUGCCAUUGCGUGUGUUUGGGCUGGCUUCAUACAAGCUCAGGGGAUCUAUUUGGAUGACCAAUGGACUGCAUGAACGGCAGCUAGCAAGCUCAUUGCUGCAAGCCGCUGACCAGUGGCUUCGCAUUCGACGUGUAGAUCAUCCUGAUUACCGGUUUUUCAUCUCCCACUACAAUACAUUUAGGAGGUGAGAGUUUGCGAGGUUUGUAAAUGUCGCUUUCCUAAUUAGAUGGUGUAUUGGUUAAAUCCUGGUACUGGACCUGCAAUCCUGAACGCCCAUGGCAUAUAGUUUCUACUACUUUUGCCUGUAUCACACUAGCGUUUUUUAUCCCACAAUUUAUAUGUUUUGCAUAGGUAUCGUUGUAAGAUCGUUUCUGUGGGAUUUACAAAGAAAGCUUUUAGAAUAAAGCUCUAUUUUACUAUUUGAGGCAGA